GCUUCCGUCCCCAGGGGCGUGAUCAGUGGGUCACUUCCGCUUGCUCAGGUGCCACCGGAGGGGGAGCUGGCCCAGCCCCUUGGAGGCCAGUUGCCACUGUUGAUCAGGGUAAGAAGCAGUUGGCCUCUGCCCCUCCGUCGUGGGCCAGGAGUGGCCUGCGGACACUUGUGCACAGAGACAUGUGUGUAGACGUGCCCUGUCGGUUGUGACAGUGGUGGACUGGAAAUGAGACCCGUCCUCCUGCAGGGGCCGGCAGAGGGCUGGUCACGAAGGCGGGAGAGAACUCUGGGCUACUGAAGAGAAUCAGGCGAGUCCGCGUCCCGGGGAGGAAAGACCAGCAGGGCAUGGGGGACAGGGUACAAGGCAGGGCACAGGGGGCAGGGCAGAAGACAGAGCAGAAGAGAGCGACCCACCCUGCACCAUGCAAGCCAGGCCAGGGGCAGGGGCGAAGAAUUCCUGUGUCUUUUCCCUUUACUUUUGGACCUGGGGAUUGAACCCAGGGGCACUUAACCACUGAGCCACUCCCCAGCCCUUUUUUAUUUUGAGACAGGGCCUCGUCAAGUUGCUGAGGUUGGCCUUGAACUUGUGAUCCUCCUGCCUCAGCCUCUGGGGCUGCUGGGAUUACAGGCGUGGGCCACCACUGUGCCUGGCUAGAAUCUCUAUUUCUGAAACCGGCUGAGGAGUUAGAGACUGUGCUGUGUCUGGGGUGGGAGACUGAAGGGCGUGGAGGAGGGGUGAAGGGACACGCCCUUUCCUCUGUCCGUCAGGAUGUGGUCUAAGUUAAUUUAAAAGGCAUCCUGGCACCGGUUGGGAGGAGAGGCCACCUGGCAGGAAGGCCGCUUGCCAGACAGGCUGGUGGGAGAAGACCGGAACAGAGGAGGGGCUGGAGUGGGCAGCAGGGUCACGGCAGCAGGCGCCGGGCAGGUGGCACUGGGGGGCUCUGAGCCGUCUCAGCAACUGCCACCUCAGUCACAGGACAUCAGGGAGGUCUGACCACUGGCCAAGGCCACAGACCCCACUGGGAGUGGCCUGAACACAGUCUUGGACCCCCGGGGUCAUGCAGAAUGGACUGGGGGGACUGAGGCGCUCUGUGAUUUCCAUGAUGGUCUUGAAGUAAAAGCACACUCAGGUCCCAGGUCCCAGAUCCAGGCACCUCCCGCAGCCAAGGGGUGACCCAAGGCUGGGUGGGGGGGCAAAACAGGGGUCCAGACCCCCGCCUUGGGAAGGGGCACUGUGGGCCCGCAUUCAGGAGCUUCCCCUCUGAAGCAGGGUGGUCAUCCUGAGUCGUGAGCCGACCUCUCGGAUCCUCCAUGUGUCCAGCUCACUCAGCACUCAAGGCGCCGUGGACGGAGCACAAGCGUGUCUGCUGGCCGGGGUUCUGUCCAGGUGAAGACCCCCCGAAGCGUCGUGAAGGACAGGCCGUGGAGGCGUAUUCACGUGGUGGACCCCACACGGCAAGCCGAAGGCCCCAGGCGCAGCACAGGAGCUGGCCGUGGUCAGGGAUGUCACAGCAUCGUGGGAAGAACUCAAGAAGCACAAGUCUGGAUCUGACCUCCUCAGAGGACGCGAGGACAAGAGACCCCAGCUGGAGACCAGGAAAGGACAGAGGGACGGAAGGGACCAGAAUAUGCCGGAAUGAUCCAGGAGGAGCAGGGCAGGGACCAUGCUGGCCGUCCCCGUGGACCUGGAGAGUCGGCGGCUGAGGCAGGACAACAAGCCCAGCUCCUCAGCGCGACCUCAGACCCUCACCUCUCAGGAGGGGGGACUUCGGGGUCCUUCUAACGUCCCCCCCCCCCCCCCCGGGGCUCUUCUGCAGCUGCAGGAGAGAGAGCACAAUGAAUGAACUUCCGGCUCCUGGGGGGGGAGAGGGGAGAGACUAACUCUGCCGGGAACCGCUGGGGUUGGAAUUUUCUUCUCCCUUCGUCCCCACCACAAACCGUCCCUCUCCUGGCCACUGGGCUGUGGGCUCUCCUUGCCUGGCAGAGAAGCCGCUGCAAAUGAGCUCCGUGAGGCAAGAGGGCUGUGCUCCUUCCCCUGGUCCUACGCUGUGAGCAAAGUGACACAUGCAGCACAGCAGGCUGCCGUGGGGCCAGCCAGUGUGGACUACACCGGCGUGAGUCACUCUGCACCAUCCACCAGAGUCCAGCCUGCUCUGAACUGAGAGGAACUUUUAUUUCCAUCAGCUGCUGACUGCUCCUCCUGACUGCGGCGUGUCUGCAAAUACAGGUGCUCCCACUGCUCCCGGGCAGGGACAUCUCCGGCCAUGCCAGUGCCUUCGGGAGAUGGGGUCCUGGGCCUCGGACACCCUCACGGUGGCUCCUACAGCCCCCUGAGCCAGCUCCUGCCGGGCCCCCUGGAGACUCGGUCCGCCAAGGGCCUGUACUACCGCAGGGCCCGGAGGCUGGGCGCGCUGGAGGCCCCCCCGGAGGCGGACCUCAAGAAGGAAGUCCUGGUCAACGUCGGGGGCCACCGGUUCCUGCUGCCCUGGAGCACGCUGGACGCGUUCCCGCUGAGCCGCCUGAGCCAGCUCCGGCUCUGCCGCAGCCGCGAGGAGAUCGGGCAGCUGUGCGACGACUUCGACGAGGACACCCAGGAGUUCUUCUUCGACAGGAGCCCCAGCGCCUUCGCGGUGAUCGCGAGCUUCCUGGCGGCCGGGAAGCUGGUGCUCCUGCAGGACACGUGCGCGCUGUCCUUCCGGGAGGAGCUGGCCUACUGGGGCGUCGCGGAGGGCAGCCUGGAGCGCUGCUGCCUGCGCAGGCUGCUCGGGAGGCUGGAGGAGGCGGCCGAGCUGCGCCGCGAGGAGGCCCUGCAGCGGCAGCGCGAGGCCGGCCACCCCGCGGGGCGCAGCUCGCGCUGGGGGCUGUGCAUGAGGCAGCUGGGCGACAUGGUGGAGAACCCGCGCUCCGGGCUGCCGGGAAAGGUCUUCGCCUGCCUCUCCGUCCUCUUCGUGGCCACCACGGCCGUCAGCCUGUGCGUGAGCACCAUGCCCGACCUCAGGGCCGAGGAGGACAAGGGCGAAUGUUCUCACAAAUGCUACUACAUCUUCGUGGUGGAGACCAUCUGCGUGGCCUGGUUCUCCCUGGAGUUCUGCCUGCGGUUCGUCCAGGCCCGGAACAAGUGCCAGUUCUUCCAGGGGCCGCUGAACAUCAUCGACAUCCUAGCCAUCUCCCCGUACUACGUGUCGCUGGCGGUGUCCGAGGAACCCCCGGAGGACGGCGAGAGGCCGCCGAGCAGCAGCUCCUACCUGGAGAAGGUGGGGCUGGUGCUGCGCGUGCUGCGGGCGCUGCGCAUCCUCUACGUGAUGCGCCUGGCGCGCCACUCGCUGGGGCUGCAGACACUGGGCCUCACAGUGCGGCGCUGUGCGCGGGAGUUCGGGCUGCUGCUCCUCUUCCUGGCCGUGGCGGUCACCCUCUUCUCCCCUCUGGUCUACUUGGCGGAGAAUGAGUCCGGCCGGGUCCUGGAGUUCACCAGCAUUCCUGCUUCCUAUUGGUGGGCCAUCAUCUCCAUGACAACGGUGGGCUACGGGGACAUGGUGCCCCGCAGCGUGCCAGGCCAGAUGGUGGCCCUCAGCAGCAUCCUGAGCGGGAUCCUCAUCAUGGCCUUCCCGGCCACGUCCAUCUUCCACACCUUCUCCCACUCCUACCUGGAGCUCAAGAAGGAGCAGGAGUGGCUGCAGGCCCGCCUCCGCCGCCUCCAACACACCAACUCUGACAGCGAACAUGAGCUCCUCGCCGACGUGGACGACCUGAUGCUGGAGGGCCCCGCCUUGCCGGUCCCCCAAGUGUAGCUCAGAAUCCCUCCUGAAUGCACCCUGUAGCUCCAGCCCAUCCCUCUCGCUGAACCAAGCUCCAGAACCCUGGGGUAGACCAACUGGCCGCAGGUCUCCAGAGCUCCAGAGAGCCUCCCAAAGCAAGGAGGCUGCCCGGCCAAAGAUGUCUGUCGCUGUGAUCUUUGGCGCUCAUGGCCUCCAGAUCCAGGCCAGCCUUCCCCAGCCACCUGCCUCCUCCCUUCCUGCCCAUCUGCUGAGCACAGCCCAUCCUCCUGAGCCGGGCCCAUCUCCCUGCCUUCUCUCUUCUCCCCAGCAGCCUGCAGCAUCCCACUCUGGGACCUGAUGCCCACAGAACUGGUUAAAUGACGAGCCUGCAGAAUCCCACUCUUCCCUAGGACCUGCUUUCUUGGGCCACAUCACCACGGGGAAACCCUUCUGCUAGACCCCCGCCCAGCUCCACGUGCUCCGUGGGGCACC